UUUUGUCCUUGCAUAUUCCAAUAUAGAUUUGAGCUGUCAUGUUGGGUUCUGUGCCCCUCGUCAUAGCAAUGCGAUUCUAGAACAUCGCAUGUCUUAUAUCAACUGUGUUGACUGACUUGGUGUGAGCAGGGUCUUUCUCAGAGGUGGACUUCUCAGAGCUGAUAGGCCAGGAGGCAUUGCGGUAGUUAACUAAACUAGUUCCUUGUCAUCGGCGGCCUGGCUUGGCUGACAAACUUCCGCGCCGGAUUCUUGCCUAGACUCACCUGCACGCACCUCACAUCCCAUCUCAACAACACCCACUAGGCACCACGCUCUCUAUCCACCAGGACCACCAUCUCAGCUGAACUAGUUCAUACCCCUCAUCCCCCACGGUCCACGAAGCUUUGCCACCUUUUCGGAACCUGCUAAGAGCUUCCUCACCUUGCACUUUCAACCUUGUUCAUGUUGCCCGUUACGCGGCAGUCACAAGACCCAUUGGAUCUCUGUUGCCUCCGUGAAUCUGGUGCUGUCUGCUGCCGUUGCUGCUGCCGUUGCUGCUGCCUCCCACUCCUCUCUGUUUCUCAUCCCAGCAGCUGCGGUAGAGAUGGAUCCGCAGUCGUCACCGGACUGCUCAGCCGCCUGGAUCUGAGCUUCCAAGAUGUCCGAGUCCCGCCAAAGCGAAUCUCAGUCUGGCGCUGCUCCCCCUUCAGCACUUAAUCAUCCCCCUCCGCCACAUGCGCCCUCACUAUCCUCCCACCGAUAUACCAACCGGGCCACAAGCGCCUUUGCGCGGUUCGCACAUCCUUUCAUCUACGGCUCCAGGCCACCAAGCCCUCAGCCAAGUGCUCCGCAGGAGGCGCUGGUUGUCAUUCACCCCUUGCACCCUCCAGUGCGACCUACUCCCUCACAAACCGUCGCGCUAAACACCAACGUUCAUAUUGCUGCCCUUGACAUCUCGCCCCAACGAACACACGCCAUUAUCGCAGGACGCGGGAUCCUCAAGACCAUCCGCGUAGCGCCCGACAGCUGCGCGGAAGAAUUUGACCUGCGCGAGGCUAUUUUAUCGUAUCAUUCCACCCGGCAGGUUUCAACGGGUGCCUUGUCUGCAAAGCACAAGGACCAGCUUGCCGCAAAGGAUGUCAAGUGGUCUCACGGGGAAUAUGACCGCAUCAUUGCUACAGCUGCUGCCAAUGGGCGCAUAGUUCUCUACGACUUGAACAGGCCGGGACUCGAAUUGGGCCGGCUCCAAGAACAUAAUCGUCAAGUUCACAAGUUAGCAUUCAACCCCCAUCGCGGGGCAUGGCUUCUCUCUGGCAGCCAAGAUGCCACUAUCCGGAUGUGGGAUUUGCGGAUGGUGUCGGGUGAAAGGGGUGCGAUGAGUUUUGGUAGUAAAAUAAGGUUCAAUGGCCAUAGCGAGGCUGUCAGAGAUCUUAUGUGGUCGCCGGUUGAUGGCGUUGAAUUUGCGACAGCUACAGAUAGUGGUGCUAUCCACCGCUGGGAUGUUCGAAAGGACAAUGCCCCGCUGAUGAAGAUCAAUGCCCACGAAAAGGCCUGUUUUUCAAUCGACUGGCACCCGCACGGAAAACAUGUUGUAAGUGGCGGUACUGAUAAGCAAAUUAAGGUAUGGGACUUUUCAACUACAGAUCGGAGACAGAAGCCUUGUUUUCAGCUCCGCGCUCCGCAGGCUCUUCACAACGUGCGCUGGCGGCCCCCUUCGUGGGCUUUGGAGAAUCAGGAAGUCGCAAACUGGCAGUCCACGCAAAUUGUAACUUCUUAUGACUAUGAGGAUCCCCGAAUUCAUAUAUGGGAUCUACGCAGGCCUCAUAUCCCGUUUAAGGAGAUCGAUCGCUACAAUCGGCCACCCACUGAUCUGGUGUGGCACUCAAGUGAGCUACUAUGGACAGUAGACGGCGAUGGCAAUUUCACCCAAACAGACAUCAAAUUUGCACCCCAGGUGAUUCAGCGCCGGAAACCUUGUUCUGCAGCAUGGAGUCCAAACGGAGACAUUAUCGCUGUGAAUCACAAACACCCAUCAAGGCGGGGAUUGAACAUGAGCUUAGGUCCAGCGGAAUUUUUAGGCCUCAAGUCAGGAAAGCCAAGUAGCAGCGAAAAAGGGACAGCCAGCCUCAGCCUGACAGAUGAUGCGCUAGAUGAGUCUGCUCUUUCUUCGUUGAGGAGAAGAACCAACAAAAGUGCUUAUGCUAGAAGCUCCAAGUCAUUGAGUGGAACUUCUCCGAUGUCAGAAGACAGUCCUGCCGUUAUAUCUCUUGAAAAAGCCAUUGCACAUAGUGGUAUUUUUGAGCCGAGUCAGAUUGGAGCUAUGGGCAGUGUUCCCGGUGCGACAUUCGACCCGGAGACAUUUAGAUAUCUUGCUAAGCACUAUUCAUCUCUAAUGGAGAGUUCUGAUAGCAAGGGUUCUUCGUCGAGCUCACUGGAGAGCCUGCACAUAAGCCUUGUUAACAAUGCCGAUCGUGCAGAGGACGUCUCGUUAUACAGGCUCGCUCAAACAUGGAGGAUCAUCCAAUACGUGGUUGCUCAAGAGCUUAAGGUUAGAGCAGAGCGCCGUGCGUCCACUCCGAAGAAAAAAAAAGAGAGCACGAAAUCGAAAAUAUCAGAUCAUGACAAUGCUCUUGAGAAGUCGCAAACUUUGGAAGAACCUAUUCCUGAUAAGCUUAAAAGUCGCCUGUUCAAAGGCGUCAUAGAAACGGAGGGUUCCCCACGUGCACCGACAGAUCAUGAAAGCACAUCAAACAUGACAACCCCUCUCGCUAAGCCCUUGCCGGACUCUCCUCGCAUCGAGGAGAACAACGGCGACAGUUACCGGGGCUCGGAUUCUGAUCACGAGUUUGAUAACAUCCAACCCCUACCACCAUCCGUGUUAAGCUCCAGUGGACAUGGGGCUGCGAAACAGAGACAUUCACCAGAUGCUUCAGAUGUUGAAGUCGAACCAACGAGCAAUAAUCCCGAGCGUCGAGCUACAGUAGUCAAGGUACAAGGGUCGCCUAGGAGCUUAUCACCAGAUCGCUUGUCUAGGCGAGAAUUAAACAUGACAGACCUAUUCACCGAGGGCCGGUCCGCACCUCGUGCAAUUGCUGGGGGAGCAAACUGGCGUUUGCACGAUCUUCCCACAUAUGGAAGCCGCGAUCUUGAAGAGGAAGAUUAUGAUCAAAAAGUAGAGGAAAAGAGGGCAGCUCUGCGAGAUUACAAGUCAUUUCCGAAGAGGAUCCUGUCGCUUGACCCUCCUUCACAUGACCAUCCUGCCAGAGCCCGUCCGCCUGUUUCAUACACACGUCACGAUUCUGCGGAAAGCUUUUCGAUGUUUUCUGCAUCCACCGAUAGCUCCCAAAGAGCCAAAUCUAUGGGUGAAUCAUAUUCGCCACAUUCAAAACCAGAGGAAUCCUCUCGAAAGGAUUCGGGUGACUGGGCAGCUGCGGCUGGGAGCUCAUUGGGAAGAAUAAACGAACUUGAAGUCGGGUCCCCUCCCGAAUCGGUCCUUCAGAAAGCUCAUAAUAUUCAUUCUUCAGAUGACUCGUCACUUGUUAGUUCACCGUCGGUGUCCAACACUGUUUAUCUUGAGCGACCCCUUAGCCCUCUACCCUUCCUUGCAGAAACCUCCGUUGUAAGGGAUCAAUCACAUCGACACACACCACAAGGUCCUCCUUCUCCAGGAAGGCCCGCACCCGAACAUCGAGAUCAGUCUACAUAUUGCCUUCUUAGAAGCUCUGAGGAAGAUGGUGUCGUGCUCCCUCUCGCCCCUGACGAAGCUGACAACCUACCAUGGAGUGCAAGGAAUAUUAUCAAAGAAGCUCUUAAAUAUUACUACUCAAGCUCACUAGUCGACAUACAAUCAGCUGCUCAUUUGUUGCACAAAAUGCAUUUGCUCUAUUCCUCAAUCGAUGAGAUUCUACCAUAUGAGGAGCGUGAUCUUAUUUUCAAAUCUUAUAAUGAACAACUUCUUAGGCAGGGGAUGUUUGUUGAAGCAGCAGAACUUCGACUACUAUGUGUCCCUGACUAUCCCUCUGUUUAUGAUUAUGCGCAGCAAGAUACAUUUAUCAAUGUGUACUGUUUCGAAUGCAAAAAGCCUUACGAGAACCCGGGGCGGGAUAAUCAGCGAUGUCAUCGAUGCAAUACUCCGCAGCCGCCGUGUACAAUAUGCAUGAGCCGAGACCCUCCUAUGGAAUGGACUCUACAGGCUUCUGCCCCAUUUGCACCAUUCUCUACCUCCUCAGAUAAGUCUUCUCAAGAUAGGGAUGACUGCACAGUUGGCAGUGACAUUCACACCGCCUACCGCCCUCACGGCACCGCACUCUGGGCCUGGUGCCAAGGGUGCGGCCAUGGUGGCCACGCAGCAUGUCAAAAUGUCUGGCUAAACGACAUUUCCAUGAGCGAGGGCGGAUGCGCGACACCAGGGUGUCUUCACGAUUGUGGACCAGGUCCACGGCGUCAACAGAAUCGCUCCUCCCUUGUUGACGAACGCAAGCGGGUAAGGGAUACUUUAUCUGGACGGCAAUUGAGUCGGAACUUUGCGAAGCGGGACUCGUGGACUGCUGGUGAAAGCAAGGCUGUGGAGCGGGUACGUGGGAUGCUGGGUAUGGCCACAACAGCAAAUUCAGCGACGCCAGCAGCAACAACGUCGUCUGCUUCCACGACUCUAGCAGCGGUCACAGGCCCCCAUGUAGCUAGUGGCGGCAUGGUUCCAACUGCGUUGAUGUCCCCGAAGAAAGUCAGGUUGGUCACCCCGAGUGAGCAAGGAGGCCACCCGCCGAACUUUAAGGGACGGGGGGUUGGAAGUGGAGCUGGACCUGGACCUGGACCUCAGCCGAUUUACCAUCGACAUUCGAUAUCUGAAACUUCGUUGACGACGAAGCAACCCUAGAAUUUUUUAUUUUUUAAUUUUUUUUAAUUUAAUUUAAUUUAAUUUUAAGCUUUUUGUUCUUCUUGUCUUGCCGGAUUGCACAUCUGCCAAAUACCCUUUUCUCUUUUCGUUCUUGCCUCAUAGUUUAAGUUAUUCCUUUAGCGUGGCAUAUCAGACGGUCCAGGCACCGUGCACAGCAUGGGCGGUUAGGGGUUGAAGGGGAUUAAACUACCCUAUAUAACAUGGGAUGCCUUGGGCUUUCACCUUUCGUUUGCUUGUUUGUUAUUAUUUGUUAUGUUUUUUGGGGAACUGGCAAGGCAUUAUUAGCCCUUGCAGUUUCCUUUUCCAUUCCCUUAGGCUUUUUUUGGACCUCUACAUUUGAUGUCUUGCAAUAUUCCACGCGGGCUUGCAAGAUGGUUGGCAGAUUUUGGGAAUGUAUUUUAGUGUGUUUUCUGUCCAUCUGCGUAGCAUGGUUAUUAAAGGGGGAGGAGGGCCAUAGUUCGUUGGUUGAUGUAUCUAUAGGUAAAAAUGUAAUUUAUCAGGGUUAAAGUGUUCCUUCUACUACCCGCCUAUUAACUGCUGUACCUAAAGAGGUGCGUGUUAAACGUCAGAUCUCCCGGUGGAUUCCUGCAUUAAAUUGUGGGGGGAGCGUAUCUGCUAUGCUGCACCACCAUAAUUCGCCCCUCCUUUUAUAAUUAUUUCAGGCAACAGGGAGGGAGGCAUCUGGCGAUCUAUACUAUGCUUCGCACACGUAGACAGGAAGAAUGACCGCGAAGCCUUAGUGAAGCCGGCGGGGAGUAGAGUGGCCCUUUCAUUAAUUAAAAUAGAAUGGGAUGUGAGAUUGCAGUGUAUAAAAAUGAAAAAAAGGGAUAUUUUUCGAUUUGCAACAAGGGGUAAUACAUAAACUGAGAACAGACUUAAAAUACCCAAGUAUAAAUGUCCGAUUGAGAUUACUGCUAAAGGCUUGCCUGCAGCUUAUCUUCCGUUCGAAUCACACAUCUUAGCCCGGGACCUACUUCAGAAUCGUCUCUUUUUCUUCGCUGGUCCUCCACCACCAGUACCUACACCUUUAUUCCUCGCUUCCAACUGCUUCCUCAGUUCUGCUCUUUUCCGAUUUGCUCGCUCCUCUGGGGUCUCUUCCUUUGCUUCCUGUUUGAUUUCCACUUUUU